CUUCCUGAGGAAUAUCUAUAUCUGAUCUUCGAAAAAUUAGCAACAAAUCUUGAUCGAGACUCUUUUGGCCUAACUUGUCAUCGUUUUCUUGAUGUUCAAAAUUCAAGYCGUAAAUGCUUGGAUCUUCGACGAUUAGCCCAGUCAUAUAACUCCUUUGACAGCAUUAAUUCAAUUAUGCUUGAUAGGUUGCUUMACCGUUUYAGGCAAUUACAGUCAUUGUCCUUGAGGGGCUGUUACAAUGUCUCAGAUUCAGGAUUAACUCGAUUGGCAAAUUAUGGCUCUAAAUUGCACUCUCUUAAUCUUAAUGAUUGUUUUCACCUCACGGACACAGGACUUUCUUCAGUUGCUUCGGGUUGUCCGUCUUUGUCCAUCAUCGGUCUGUCUUGUUGUAAUAUUACAGAUGGUGGAUUGGAAAUCUUAACAUCAUCUUGUCGGUCUYUAACAGAAGUGAAUCUUUCAAAGUGCUACAAAAUAACCGACCRUGGAAUUUGGGCUCUCUCGCAGAACUGUAGGAAACUUAGAGCUGUCAAAGUAUCUUGGUGCUAUAGAAUUGUCGGGGUAAGCUUCCAAGGCUGUUCUCCAACCUUGACUUGUUUAGAAGCCGAUUAUUGUGMGUUUGAUCCCAUGGGCGUCACUGGAAUUCUAAGUGGCGGUGGUCUCGAGUACCUAAGUCUUUCGUGUCUUCGCAAGUGCCCGAGGGGACAUGGACUGGCCGCCAUCGGUUUAGGCAUUGCCGCAAAUCUCAAAGUCCUUAACUUUCGGAAGUGCAGCUUUGUCACAGAUGAUGUUAUYAUAARRAUCUCGAAAGGGUGUCCAUUGCUGCAAGAAUGGAUCCUAUCAUACUGUACSAAGAUAGGAAUUUCUGGUUGGGAGGCGAUUGGAUUGCAUUGUCGCAAUUUGGAGAAACUUGAUGUGAGCGGAUGUGAGAACCUUUGUGAUGCCGGAUUACUAGCUUUGGGAAACGGCUGCGAACGCCUUUCGUUGAUAUACAUAGGCCAUUGCUGGACACCCACUCCAGAGGGGAUCGAGGCUUUUAAGGAUGCGAAAGAAGCUGUGGAGAUCAAAGAGGAARCAGCAAUGCAUAAACAUGCCCCUCCACCAAAGACAGAUCCCAAUGUUGAAAUUGAAUGCACUAACAUCAAUAACGCUAGUUGUUCAUCCUUCAUAUCACANUACUGUACCAAGAUAGGAAUUUCUGGUUGGGAGGCGAUUGGAUUGCAUUGUCGCAAUUUGGAGAAACUUGAUGUGAGCGGAUGUGAGAACCUUUGCGAUGCGGGAUUACUAGCUUUGGGAAACGGCUGCGAACGCCUUUCGUUGAUAUACAUAAGCCAUUGCUGGAAAAUCACUCCAGAGGGGAUCGAGGUUUUUAAGGAUGCGAAAGAAGGUGUGGAGAUCAAAGAGGAAGCAGCAAUGCAUGUUGCCCCCAUUUAG